GUUGCCUCUUUUCCACGGCCCUCCUCUGCCUCUUACCCUUUUGAAACAGCAAUUCCAUCAUCUAUUUCAACAGAAAAACCUUGUUUGGGCGUUGAAGUUGUUGCUUCGAUUCACCUCAAGCUGUUUCUGAGCUCGGGGGCCCUCGGCUUCGGUUAGAUGCGGUAGAGCUUUUUGUCGACACGUCGGAAAAUCACAGAGGCUCGGCCUGGUCGCCGUUCACAGAUUAAAACAUGCAUGGACUCUCCAAGGGGAACAUUCCGGUCCGAGGCUGUGCACCACUCGGCGACAAUGUUGAGAUCCAUUUCAGUGCAACGAUCAGAGUGACGGAGGCGAAUGGACAAAAGUCCAAAGCAUUUGUGAGAAAAGAACCAAGCAAGCCACCUCCACCGGAACGCCGUGUGUUCCUCGCCCAAGUUCCCGGCGAGGUAUGGUUCAUCCCCCAACGAGGAACGCCUAUGAUCAGAAGGGGCAGCAACGCGCGUUCCUGGCCAACCAUUGUCCGAAAUGUUGAGGCGAAGAAGCGAUGGAUUGUGCUUGUAGUUGACGGCACGGGAUCGGAACCUCUAACUCCCGAGGUGCUAGAAGGAGCUGAGUAUUUCGACUGCCCAGCGGACCGCGCACUACCACAGAGCCCCAAUCAAUCUAGUCUGAUCAGAUUAGUCAAAGAGAUGGAAGCUCUCCAGGAAAUUGGUCGGACGGGCCUAGGGAACGGGGCAAUCCAAGAUGCAGCUAAACAACUACGUCCCCAGUGGAAUGUUUCCGACAGCAUCAUCUGGAACAGCCAACACUAUUCCUUGCACCUUGCCGCCAGUAUCCUUACUGAGGGCUCCUAUAAUGUGAAUAGGGGUGUCUUCAUUACUCUGAGCCGCGAUCUGCACAUUGCGGCGCACGCGGCGGAGGCUCAAUGGAUGGUUGCCAAGCAUGUAGGAUGUAUGGCGGGCAUGGCGGUCAGCGGAGUGGUCACGUUUGGUCUCGGUGCCGGUGUAUUCUGGUGUGGGGCCGCAACGUCCAUGGGUAAAGCGAUGCAUGUGCAGUUUAAAUUAGAUCUACAGUUGGGUCGAUUGCGAGAUAGUUCUGAGAGAUUCCAGGGAUGGGCGUGGAUCUGGUCGUGACGGGCGUCCCUUGCGUAGGAUAUAUGGGACUCAUGUACCCACAGAUUGCCAGUAGCUAUAUUGUCGGCCAUUAUCAGACCACUGAGUGUCAAGUGCUGAUUCUCCGCUAAAUGCACCUGCAGAGUCCU